GGGUCAGACCUGUAUUAUUUGAAGAAACAAUUAACUACAUCGAUUCAUGAAGAAUUGAAGGAAUUUCAUCCAUUUAUGACCAGUAUCUGGAACACUGUUACGAGCAUAGCCAUAGGCGGACCCAGGAUGAGUGCUACUGUGAACAAAGUUUCGAAUAUUUUUGAUAGCUCAGAUUUUGAUGAAGAAACAUGGCUUGUGCAACCGCCUGGCUUAUCAUCACAAUCAGAUACAACACACAGCUCAGGUCGUAUUCUUGAAUGGCUGCAGGGUGCAGCAAUGAAUGUUGAUUUUCAAACACGAAGUGCACUAAGCCGAAAAUUGGCCAUUCAAGCAGCGAAGAAAAGUUAG